UAAAAAUUUGAAUAAACCGGAAGUGGGUUAAAACAAAACAAGCCACUGGAUUUUCUAUCAGAUUUCUGUCUAAAUUUACUUUUUAACACACAUAAGUUAUACACAAAAAGAAGAUGUAUUUAUACUAUUCCUUCCUCUGAAUAGAAGAACAGGAAGUCCAUUCCUUCCUCUGAAUAGAAGAAAGGAAGACUAUUCCUUCCUCUGAAUAGAAGAACAGAAAGUCCAUUCCUUCCUCUGAAUAGAAGAACAGGAAGACUAUUCCUUCCUCUGUAUUGAAGAACAGGAAGACUAAUUUUUUUGUAUAAAACAUAAGUGACAAGAUGCCCAUUUUGUUUUGUGUUGUGUCUAGAGGAACAACUGUUUUAGCAAAGUAUGCCAGUUGUGCUGGAAAUUUUACUGAAGUUACAGAGCAGAUUCUUGCAAAAAUAUCACCUGGUGAUUCUAAACUAACAUACUCUCAUGGAAGCUACUUGUUUCAUUAUAUCAAUGAAGACAGAAUAGUUUAUCUCUGUAUAACAGAUGAUGAUUUUGAGAGAUCUAAAGCUUUCCUGUUUUUAAAUGAUGUGAAGAGAAGAUUUCAGACUCAGUAUGGAGUAAGGGCACAAACAGCUUUACCAUAUUCCAUGAACAGUGAAUUCUCCAGGGUGAUAGCAUCGCAAAUGAGAUCACUGACAGAACACAAAGAAAAAGAUAAUAUAGAGAAAGUUGAAGCUCAGGUGGAUGAAUUGAAAGGAAUCAUGGUUAGAAAUAUAGAUCAAAUAGCUGACAGAGGUGAAAGAUUAGAACUGUUAGUAGAUAAAACAGAAGACCUUCAAGCCAAUUCAGUGACAUUUAAGAAGAGUAGUCGUACCUUAGCUAGGUCCAUGUGGUGGAAGAAUGUCAAGAUCACCAUUAUAGUUGUAGUUGUUGUUAUCGUUAUCUUGUAUUUCAUAAUAUCAGCUGCUUGUGGUGGCUUAGACUGGCAUGGAUGUACCAAGAAAUGAAGUUCAUGAAUAUUCAUAUCACAUGUUUUUCAUCAUUUGUCAUUAUCGCCAUGAACAAAUAUAUUAUUGUAUGUGGUAAUUGGUGCAUUUUUAAAUAUUCCAAUGAAUAUCAAAUAAAUACCUGUAACAAUCACUUUACACACAACUUUAAUUGAUAUCUGUCAAUAAAGUGUGUAUGCAUGAAAGCAGUAGUAUUUCAGGAGUUUCUGAUUUGCUUUAUAUGAUAUACAUGAUAAUGGUCAGUAAAGAUUAUGAAAUAAUGCAACUCUUUCUUGAAGUAAUGUGUAUGCAUUUUUUUUAAGCAUUGCUAAAUAGUUUCAAUAUUUAGGCAUAUGCAUGAUUUCAAUGUGUCUUUGUAUGGCACUUAUGAUUCAGUAAAAUACUUUUUUGUUAUUUAUUUAUAUAUUUCAAUAAAAUCUUUAUUAUUAUUUAUUUAUUGGUUAAAUUAAAUUCAUAUCAAUACAUGUAAUUUGAGUAACAGAAGGUUCAGAGUAUUAAAAAUAUAUAUUAAAAUCAUAUGUUAUGCAAAUUUUUAUUUAUGCUCACAUAAUUAUUUUUUUUUAUCUUUUUAUAAGUUACACUCACAUAAACAAAGAAUUAGUGUUGCUUUGACAGAAAUAAAAUAACACGAGUUGAUAUACCACAUGCAAAUAUACCAACCUCUGUAAUACCACGUGCCAAAAUACCAUCCUCUGGGCAUUAUGUGAACCAUACUGGCUUUAGUGGAAGGUGUAACAUUAUAUUACUGUACCUUUCUCAGCUUAAAACAGUAUGUUAACAACUUACUUUUAUUAAAAUCAUUGCUUUUUGUAUAUUUCUUGUGGUAUUUGUUUGUGUAGUUUAUUCAUAUAUUAUAUGUUUAUGGCAUUUUUUAGUUCACCUAAUUGAAGUUUGUUUCACCUCUUUGAGUUUAAUAUGGCUUUGAAUACUGUCAACUACCAUAUGCUCAUCCUCCUCAACAGUUACUGGUCAGCUACCUUUAAUAGAUUCAUACCAUCUGCCACGAAACAGAGGUCAAAUACUAGACCCUAUUUCAUUGUUUUUCUCUGAAUUUGUACAAGUUUCAAAUCUAGGUAUCCAAUACUAAAUGACCUAUAGUCAUGUAAUUGGAAUAGGAAAGAAUCUAGUUCAGUACGAAAUUACUACAGGAAGGGUUUAAUAGAUAUAAGAAGAUGUGGUAUGAGUGCCAAUGAGACAACUCUCCAUCCAAGUCAAAAUUUAUAAAAGUAAACCAUUAUAGGUCACAGUACAGUCUUAAACACAGAGCCUUGGCUCACACCGAACAGUUGGCUAUAAAGGGCCCCAAAAAAUUACUAGUGUAAAACCAUUUAAGCAUACAUUAUAUGAUUGAAUUAGAUCUUACUUCAUAAAUUUAAGUUUUAAGUGUCAUCUUCCCCUGUACCAUCGUUACUUUUAAUUUGCAGUUUCAGAAUCUACAUGUCUGGGUUAUAUCAUUGUUCGUACCAAAAUUAAGAUAUAAGCCAACCAUUGGUGGAAUUUUUUUUGUGUAUGACAAUGUUAAUCAAUCACAAUAUUUCUGUGAAAACCUUAAAAAUGUUACCCAGAAUGCUCCAAAUACUGAAAUGGUAAAUUGUUUGUUGUCUUCAGUUAGACUUUAUCUCCAGGUUAAUAUAAAAAUAAGAAGAUGUGGUAUAAUUGCCAAUAAGGCUAUUUAUAUUGUAUAAAUUAGGGUAAUGUUAUUUGAUUGUAGAAUGAAUCUAUGAAAGAACAGCUAGGUCUUUUCCCAAUCUACAAAUGGAUAACUGUGUUUUUGUUUGCCUGAUAUGUGAUUAUUCUUUAAUCCCUUUUAGCAUAAUCAUUAUUACAUAAUAAGCAGUGCAUUAUAUAUUUAAAUUAAAAUUUAAUUACAUUUUUUGUUCUGUAUUAGGUUUAUAUAGAUUGUUUGGGAAUGAGGCAAAAGUUGUAAUACAUGUAAUACAUUUUCUAUUACUAGUAGAUUGCUACAUGCUUAAAUGUUGAAAAUUUGUCUUAUAAAUUUUGGAAGGUGAAAAUAUAGGAAUAAAAGUAAUUUUCUUUUUAUGGGAUGUAGAAAAUUUUUCAUAAAACUUUAUUAUUGAUAUGUUACUGAAUAUAGAAAUAUAGAAAGCAAUUUUCUCUUAGUAAACACAUUUAUUUUUAUUAAUCCAUACAUAUUUGGAAUCAUUAAUUGUCCUUUUAUAUUUAUUGGUAAAUGCCUUAUUUAUGAUUUAGACAAUAACCUUUACUAAUGAAUACUUAGAAAUAAAUAAUAAUGUACUUAAGGAAGAAACUUCUUUGAUAGUAAUUUAAAAACAAUUGUUAUUACAAUUGCUGUUUUAAAUGGCAUUAUUUUUCUUAGAUUUUGAAAGGACAGUUGAAAGUGGAAACCAAGCCAUCAAACAGUUAAACUAUCUCUAAGAUAAUUUUCUAUGCUAUAAUUCAAGAAAUUUUACUCUUUUCUAAUAAUGAAAAUUUUCAAAUAAGAACUUGGUAUGGGUUUUUACUCAUUGUUGAAGGCUGUAUGGUGACCUAUAGUUAUUAAUAUCUUUGUCAUUUGGUCUCUUGUGGAGAGUUGUCUCAUUGGCAAUCAUACCACAUCUUCUUAUUUUUAUAUUGUUCAAUAUAUGUCAAAUAUGUGCUGAGUUGUGCUUCUUGUAAUGUUUCAUAUUUAUGUCAUGUUAUGAAUUAAUUUUUAUAUUAAAGUUAAUAUGGGACUUGAUAGCUAUCUUCUACUUCAAAUGCUUGCAAAGGCUUUCAUAAUUUAUUUUUUUUUGAAUGCAAAAUUCAAUUUUAAAGUUUAUGGACUUAAUAAAUUUAAGAAAUGGUAGGAUUUUAAUAUUUGAUAUGGCUAUAACUAUGAAUUAAAAGAUAAAUGUUUUUUAUGAUAUGCUGUAUACAAACAAGUUAACUCAGAUAUUUAAGUUAAGAUUUAAAAAAAGAAUUUAGAAUUAAUUAAUCCUUUAUCAUUUCGUUUUCUCUCUAGUCACACAAUAGUGCUUUUCUGUGUUUAAUUUAUAUAACCCGCAUAAAAUAUUAUUUUGACAUAGUUGAAUUUGGAGCAAGCUUAUAUAGUGGCCUUUACUUUUUUAUUUGAUAAAAAGGCAUCUAAAACAUCCUUUGUGCUUGUAUGAAAAAUCAUUUUUGAUUUAAAGAUAAUUAAUUUUAUUUCAACUUGAAGUUAUUAAAUCCAUUGGUAAAUAGCAAUAUGAAUGUCCUAUUUUCUUUACCCUUAUGAUUAGAAUAAGAUUUAUAAUUCAGAAAAUGUUAUUUACUUCAAAACUAAUUGAAAAUUUAAGCUACUUUAUGUUGCAAUCCAAAUUAGCAUAAAGCUAGGAAAAAUUCGUAUUUAAUGGAACCAUAUUGACAUGCUUUGGUGUCUUUGUUUAAGCAUAAGAUAUAUACAUAUGUCAUUUUCAUAUUUGUUAUAAAUAUAUAUAAACUGUUGGAAAUAAAUUACUUAAACAUAA